AUGUCGGAUUUGCACCUCGAAAACCAUCCGUUGUACAGCAGCUUCUCGUUCCCUCAAACAACCUCAUAUCUCGCUCUUCUAGGAGAUAUUGGACAUGUGGCCAACAAUCAACUUUUCUCAUUUCUCGAGUUUCAACUGAGGCGCUGUUCAACGGUCUUUUUUCUCCUAGGCAACCAUGAUCCAUACCACCUUUCGUUUAGGAUCGCUAAAGCCAAAAUACGUGAUUUCCAGGACAAAAUGAAAAAACGGCCCUUGCUGGGCGAAUUCGUAUUUCUUGAUCAAACAAGAUAUGAUGUCACCGGCAAUAUUACAAUACUGGGGUGCACUCUAUUUUCCCACAUCUCACCAAAACAGGAAUUCGCAAUGGAAAGUCGCAUGGUGCAUUUUAAGGACAUUCUAAAAUGGACAGUGGAUGACCAUAAUGCUGCGCAUCGAUCGGAGCUAUCUUGGCUUAAUGAUCAAGUUUCCAAGAUCGCUCAGCAUGAGCCCCACUGA